CCGUGUGUCCCUCUGCGCCCGCCGUCUUCCCCCCCGCGUCUCCAUGGCAACCGCGCUCUGCCCGCUCCGCGCCCUGGGCCGCUCCGCGCUGGGUCCCCGCGGCCUGCACCUCAGCGCGCCCAGAAACGAGGCAGUGGUGAUCUCAGGGAGGAAGCUGGCCCGGCAGAUCAGGCAGGAAGCCCGUCACGAGGUGGAGCAGUGGGUGGCAGCUGGGAACAAGAGGCCUCACCUCAGUGUUGUUCUCGUGGGUGAAAACCCAGCCAGUCACUCCUACGUGCUGAACAAAACCAAAGCAGCUGCUGAUGUUGGAAUCAGCAGUGAAACCAUCCUCAGACCAGCAUCCAUCACUGAAGAGGAGCUGCUGGAUUUGAUCAGCAAACUCAAUAAUGAUGCUGAUGUGGAUGGUCUGUUAAUCCAGCUCCCUCUGCCUGAACACAUUGAUGAGAGGAAGAUCUGCAAUGCUGUGACUCCAGCCAAAGAUGUCGACGGUUUCCACGUCAUCAAUGUGGGGCGCAUGUGCCUGGACCAGUACUCCAUGCUUCCAGCCACCCCCUGGGGGGUGUGGGAGAUCAUCAAGAGGACAGGCAUCCCAACGUUGGGGAAGAACGUGGUGGUGGCCGGCAGGUCGAAGAACGUGGGCAUGCCCAUUGCCAUGCUGCUGCACACAGAUGGGAGGCAUGAGCGCCCAGGAGGGGAUGCCACAGUCACCAUAUCCCACCGUUACACGCCCAAGGAGCAGUUGAAGCAACACACCAUCCGUGCUGACAUCGUGGUGGCAGCAGCAGGCAUCCCCAACCUCAUCACAGCUGAUAUGAUCAAGGAAGGAGCUGCAGUGAUUGAUGUGGGGAUAACCAGGGUGCAGGAUCCCAUCACUGCCAAACCCAGGCUGGUUGGGGAUGUGGAUUUUGAAGGGGUGAAGAAGAAAGCCAGUUACAUCACUCCAGUCCCAGGGGGUGUGGGGCCCAUGACUGUGGCCAUGCUGAUGAAGAACACCAUCAUUGCUGCCAAGAAGCUGCUGAAGCCCAAAGAGCUGGAAGCAUCAACUGCUUAACGUGGGACCCCACAGCACUGAAAGCAACAUUCCAAACUGACUCCCAAACAGGCCGAUAGAAACAUGCAAUAUUUCCUUAUUUAUUGGAGGUGGAAUUCCUGAGCUCCCAGCUAUUUAUUGGAAGCUGAAGCCCAUGCACUGUAGUUGUACAAAGGUGGAAGCAUCUACACUCCUGAUCUGCUCCUGCUAGGAAAGCUGUUGUGUGUCUGUGUGAGCUUUUUAUGGGAAGCCCUGAUCUUGCAGGGGUUGGGAUCCCAGGGGUGCAGCUUUUCUGUCAGGACUCCCAUGGGAAGCAGAGCCCUGCUCCAUGGUGGGAAAGUGGUGGCCUUCAUGGUUCUGUUCUCCCAAGUGCCCAGUCUGGCUGGACUGCUCCUCUUUGACUUCAUGCUGGAGAGUCUUCUACUCCAGCCUGGAUGUUUAGUUUGAGUUAAGCUCCUUCUGUAGAAGAAGUUACUUGAAAAAAAAAUACAUCAUUGUGAAAAUAAAAAGCCAUCUGUGUGUCCCUGGGCAGAGGCAGAGCUGUUGUAACUUGUCCUGGUGUGCAGCCAAGCUGGCUUUGUUUUUGCUAUUUAGAUGACUUUUUUUAUAAAAAGAAGCCUUUUCUAACCAAAGAAGCAGGGGGGGGGGCUGCUGGUGUUGGGCACACAGCAGGGUUUGUGUCCAAGUUGUUGGUGAAUAAUGCAGGCUCCCUUGAAAUAAAGUGUGAGAAG